UGGCUUAAGUAAACAACGUCAAAGUUGUGACACGGAAAUGUCACUAAAACGUAGAUACGUGGCACUCAAAGCACACUUGUGAACGUUGGCGGUGUCGAUGGAUGAAGGUGAGCUGGAUGGAUGAAGUUUAGCGGCUUCUGACAUAUCGUGACACGUUUCUUGUCGCAAUGGAGCGGAAGUUUGCAGAUUUCAGGGCUCGGCGGCAGGCGAAAAGGCUUUCCAGCAAGGAGCCCUCAGCCCCCGCUGCUCCCAACACAAACGUGGGCGCGACUCCAGAUGGCACUCCGCAGACUGAGCAAAAGUCAGACCCCAGCCCCCCAGAAGAGGGCGCUAGGGACUGGAUGCUAGACACCUCGUGGGGGAGAUGGCUGUCCACAAGAAAAUAUGACCUCUCCAACAUCACCCUGCUCAAAGUCCUGCUCUGGGUGGUCCUGCUCGGCUUUUUCGUGGAACUGGAGUUUGGCUUAGCUUUCUUCGUCGUCUCCCUCUUCUACUGGCUGUACGAGGGACUGCGUGACCCGGACGAACGGGAGCCCGGGGAGAUGAGCGCUUAUUCCGUCUUCAAUCCGGACUGUCAGCCGCUGCUUGGCGCUCUCACCGCCGAGCAGAUGGAGGCAGAGAUGGGCUACAGAGCACUUGCAAACAGAUGAAAUGCCUGUAAAUCUCACAUGAAUCUUGAAUUGAAAUAAUUCAUUGCUAUGUAUUUGAUGUCAUUAAAUGUCAUUUGUCUAUUGACA